AAGCGCUAGGAGCAUGUUCCCCUGAAAUGUAAAUCAAUCACCUGCUGAUGCAAAGUAGAACUAAACAGGUCCAGAGGACAAAGGGGUUAAAUAUAAUUUUCAAAGAGCUGUAGGAUGGAUUUCCUGGAACCUGGAACAGACACCUGCUGCUGAUGUACAACAUAUCUCUGUGACAGAUGAAUAGAGGUCUGGAAUUCGCAGAGCGCACAGACAGACAGAAAGGGAGGGAGGGGAGGCUGCAUGGAUAGAGAGAGAUGAGCUUACUUCCAGCUUGACAGUUGCACGGCACAGCAAACACUGAACUGGAACAGACCAAUGGGACUGACUGUGGGUUUCUGCAGUUCCUUCUUUUGGGGAAUCACUUUCAGUCUCUACAGCUGGCUGCUAAUCCUACAUUGGAGGGUAAAGGGCUGUAUGUAGGAUCUCUACCCCUUCAGCAGCUGAUGAAACCCUGGACUGAAGUCAUUAGAUCUUGAACAAGCAGAAAGGGAAUGAUGCAACUUUUGAGAUGUUGUUUGUUGUUAGUCCUUCACUGCUGCCUACAUCUGGUGAUGUUCGCACAACGAGGUACCAUUGCUGACUUCCGAAACAAGAAAGCUGGUAACUCUAAUGUCACUGAAAAUUCCAGAGUACUGACAAGUCCUGUUCUUUCAUCACUGAAUCAAAUAAUAUCUCAAAAUCUGGUACACAACACCACAGGAUUUGAACAAGUUUAUAACCCUGAGGAAUUCUGGGAUUUGCUUGGGAUCACAUCCCAAAUGAAGCAAACUGCACACUCCAGGGUCAAGAGGCGGCCAAUCGUCAAGACUGGAAAAUUUAAAAAAAUGUUUGGCUGGGGUGAUUUUUAUUCCAACAUCAAGACGGUCAAACUUAACCUUCUCAUUACGGGAAAAAUUGUGGACCAUGGAAAUGGCACAUUCAGUGUUUACUUCCGACAUAACUCAACAGGCCAAGGCAAUAUCUCAGUUAGUUUGGUGCCACCUGCCAAGGCAGUCGAGUUUGAUUUGGCUCAACAAGCAAUAAUAGAUGCAAAAGACUCCAAAAUUUUCAACUGUAGGGUGGAAUAUGAAAAAGUUGACCGGUCAAAAAAGACUGGUCUCUGCAACUAUGACCCAUCAAAGACCUGCUACCAUGAGCAAACACAAAGCCAUGUUUCCUGGAUCUGUUCUAAGCCGUUCAAAGUAAUCUGUAUCUACAUUUCUUUCUACAGUACAGACUACAGGUUAGUGCAAAAAGUGUGCCCAGACUACAACUACCACAGUGACACUCCUUAUUAUCCCUCAGGUUGAUGGGCAGAGGAGUUCAGCAAACAAUGUGCCAAACUAGGACAAGAAGCACUGCAGACCUUCAGGAGAUGCCACAUCUGUUUUUGGUUCCCAGUCCAUAUAAAAUAAAGCACUGCAGCAUUUCAUUGUAUCGCCCCCUACCAGAGGAGCAAAAACUAUGACUUUUUAGAAGCUAUAUGGACUCAGCUCCUUUUAAUAUGAUCUACAGGACCACAGGGAUGUUGUUUCCUAAUCAGAAGCAUCCCAAAACACUAACUUCUCAGCAUCUAGACAAACCUGUUACUGAUAAGGUUGUUUCAGCAGAGGUCAAUGAUGCAAAGUAUAGGUCAGUGCAAUUGGUAAACUACCCCUAAUAUCAGCUGCAGACUACAUCAUUAGCAGGAUACUGAACUAACCAUGUGGAUCUGGGAAGGACAGUCUCUGCCAAGACACAAUGCAAAGCUUGACCUUAGAGGUCUGAAUAGUGAAUGAAAUGCAAAAGGAGGUCAUAACAGCGGCCAAACUAAAAGCAAAGCUACCAUCUGAAUAUUCAAAUUUUGUUUAUCUGACAAUGUUAGUCUCCUUUGUGCUACCAGAUUAGUAAAGAGUGCUCAAUAAAUGACAGAUGGUCUGUGGUGUACAUAAAAUUUUAUCUCAAUCAGUGUUGAAUGUACUCUGUGCAUAUAUAUAUAGAAAACAAGCUGCUACUAAACUUUUUUAGUCACAUAUUGUUUUUUUUUUUGCAAUAUUUUUUGGAUAUGUUAUGAAACUACUAGCAAUGAUAUACAGCUGGAUGUAUGCUAUGUAAUCUUGCCAGUAUAAGGAAAACAGGAAAAAAGAAUGGAAUGUAGUGACGAUAAGUGGAGCUCGAAACAGAAACUUGAAUUGCCUUUCACAGUAAUAAAUACCGAUGGAAAGCUAGGCCAUCAUGGUAGCUAUAUGGGAAUAGAUGCACUGCAGAUAAACCUGUAGCUCUUAAUUAAUGUUUCUCUGUGUUAAUUGUUUAUUAAAAAAAAAAAUCUUGAUUUGCUUUCUUUGCCAACAUCUAUGAUGUGCCAAGUCACUUCUUUGUCCACCUUGUGAGAAAUGGCGGUCUGGGUACUUUGUACAUAAAGUAUUUACCAUUCCCAUGUAUUUCUCAGAAGGGGUUGAAAAAAUGCAGUAGUCCAUGGAUACUAUUGAAUAUUCAUAUUCCCAGUGUUCUUGCACAUUGAGGCAUUUUCUGCCUGAAUGUGCUGUUUUUAUGCUGCCAACAUCCUUAUCUAAUUAGCUACUUACAGAACAGAAUGCAUGAUCCUCCCUUUCAGCCACUCAUUUCAGUUAUCAUGUUUGAAAUUCCUUCUCCCUUUGGAUGUUCUCAGCUUUACCCAACAUCUCAUUUCUAAGUUAGUAUGAUAACGCUUCCAGAUGUGCCACAAAAGAAAUGAGUAGGCUCUCCCACUAGUACAUUCUUUCAGUUUCUUAAUGCUCUUUUACCACAUAAUACACUAUAUAAGUUGUUCCAUGAAAGAUCAGUAGUUAUGAGCAACAUUACAAUAAACACAAGCAACAUCCAUGGGAUAGUAUAACUCUGUAGUGAUGCUGUUUAUAUGCAAAAGUUGACCAUCACUGACCCAAAUUCCUGAACAGGGUUGACAAGUGGUUGUAGAAUAAAGGUACCAACCGUUGUUCAAGUGCUGUCACCAAGCUAGCAUUUCACCAUGACUGUGUGACAUGUAAUGCUAAUCUCUUAGUAAUCAGUUUAAAAUUCUGAUCUAUUCCUCUCUCAUCAGUUGUCCACCCUUGUAAAAAUGUAAUAAUCACAUAAUAUCACUGCAUGUCAAACAGCACCACCAUUGGUCCCUGAAAAAGUAUUUUCUGCAACAUUAUGUAAUUAAUUAUUUUAAUUAGCUUAAUAACAUCUAUCCUGUUUUAAGGACACCAACUGUUUUUUUGAAAAAUUACCAAAUGAACAAUAUUAACUUGC